AUGUCGGCUUCGCGGGAAAAGAAAAAACCAGAGACAACCCUUUUCUGCCAUAAUUUCACGGCCUCAUCUGUGGAGCUGUUCGAGGAUGGAGAGGGGGGGGGGGUGUGGGGACGAGUCGAGGAGUCAGUCGAGAUACCGAUGGGCCAACGACCCUUCAGGGCGACCGGACGCUCGAGUGAGUCGAGUCGAGUCGAAGUGCUCGCUCGCAGCAGCGUCACAGCAGCAGCACCACAAACCGAACGUCAGAAACAUCCCUCUGCACGGCCCGAAUUACGGAUCGACUGGGGUUGA